UGUGGCGCCGUGACGUCACACGCAAGGCUGUUAGAAUCUCGCCUUCUCUACGUCACCGGCAGGACAACUGGCUCAAAUAUACAGCCGUUAGGAGCCGGACUAUGCCAACUAACGCGCCAAUCCUACUUCUAUCGCACGUUCGCGUCUGAAACGCCGUGUUUUCACGCGUAGGGAGGCAUGAAGCGCAAGAGCGAGCGACGGAGCGAGUCGAGGAAGAGACUCCGCGCGUCUCUGAGGGAGCAGACGGAGUCCAAGAGCGAUAUUUACCUUCGUAUCACAGAUCAGCUGUAUUUUGCUCUUCUUCAUCAGAAGGUGAAGAGCACUCCUGACAGACACUGUUUCUGCAUCGAUGAAGAGCUUUCCUAUGAGAACUUCUAUGCGGACUUUGGCCCGCUCAACCUUGCCAUGUUUUAUCGCUUCUGUUGCAAACUCAACAAAAAGCUGAAGUCUUGUGCUCUUGCAAAGAAGACGAUUGUGUUUUAUACCUGUGGUGACAGAAAGAAACAAGCCAAUGCUGCGUAUUUGAUCGGCUCUUAUGCUGUAAUGCAUCUACAGAAAACGCCAGAAGAAGCGUACAGCCUUCUGGUCUCUCAAAAUGCGUCUUAUCUUCCUUUUCGAGAUGCAUCUUUUGGAGCAUGCAUGUACAACCUGAAUAUCCUUGACUGUCUGCUGGCCGUUCACAAGGCUCUGCAGUUCGGCUGGCUGGAUUUCUCAAAGUUUAAUGUGGAAGAAUAUGAACAUUAUGAGCGGGCAGAAAAUGGAGAUUUCAACUGGAUAAUUCCAGGGAAGUUUUUGGCUUUCAGCGGCCCUCAUCCAAAGAGCAAAAUUGAGAAUGGAUACCCUCUUCAUGCCCCUGAAGCGUAUUUCCCCUACUUCAGGAAGCAUAACAUCACCACCAUCAUCCGGCUCAACAAGAAAAUGUAUGAAGCCAAGCGUUUCACAGACAUGGGCUUCAAGCACCACGACCUGUUCUUUGUAGACGGCAGUACGCCCAACGACGCCAUCGUCACCAAGUUCCUGAACAUCUGUGAGAAUGCUGACGGAGGCAUUGCUGUCCACUGCAAAGCCGGUCUGGGCCGAACCGGGACACUGAUUGGCUGUUAUAUGAUGAAACACUUCAGACUGACUGCAGCUGAAGCCAUCGCAUGGAUCAGGAUCUGCAGACCCGGUUCAAUCAUCGGACCUCAGCAGAACUUCAUCGAUGAGAAGCAGGCGAGUCUGUGGGCAGAAGGUGAUUUGUACCGGCAAAACAUAAAUGAGCAGGAAAACGGCUCGAGUAAAACGGCAGUGGCUGGAAUCCUGUCUGGAGUGGAAGAUAUUUCCAUUAAUGGUACAAACAAGAACAUCUCACAGAGGAAAACGGCCUCUGAAAUGCACACGGAGGAAGAGGAGUGCGGAGGACUCACACAAGGCGACAAACUGAGAGCUCUGAAGAGUAAGAGGCAGUCCAGAGCAUCCACGGGUUCAAUAUCGUAAG